AAAGAGUAAUGAAAUUAGCCCCCACCUCAUCACCGUACCCAACUUUUCAGUUUUUACUCAUUACAAAAAGCUGAAGAAAAAAAGCAACACCACAAAAAACCCAUUUCUUGAAAACCAAAAUUGAACUCAAAAACCACAAAUUUAGAGAUCAAAAACCAAGGGAUGAGGCUAUGGAGGAAGCAGAAAAAGAGCUAGAAAGAAGAAGCAAGUUCUUGAGCAAUUUAAUACAGAAAAAGAAAGCUACUGAUCAACAAAACCUCCAUCAACAACUCAAUAUCAAAGUCAAAGCUUCUGAUAUGUCCAUUGUGUUGCAGAACAAAGCUUUUGAAUGUGCAAAACAUCAUAUUGCUUCUACAGGAAAUGGGAUCAAGAUUGAUAGCAAACGUCUUGCACUUGCCCUUAAGAAGGAAUUUGACACGUCAUAUGGUCCAGCGUGGCACUGCAUUGUGGGGACCAACUUUGGGUCAUAUGUGACACAUUCGGUAGGAGGCUUCUUGUAUUUUUCUAUCAACAAAGUUUAUGUUCUCCUUUUCAAGACUAGUGUUGAGCCCAUGGCCCAUUAACAAUUUCCUUGGGCUUAAUGGCCCUUUUGUUUCUAAUUCUAUAGAUGUAAUGGUAGUUGUACUUUGGUGAAUUUUGAAGCUUAAUCUUCUUGUACCUUAAUGACCCUUUUGUUGACUCAUCUUAUUGUUCAUAAGGUAUGACAUAUUGACACUACUGGUUUAACUUUGUUAA